AUGGACGACGUCGUGGAGGCGCGAGCUCUUAUCAAUGACAUUCGCCGCCGCAAGCAUGUCGACGAUCCUGGCGACGUCGAUGACAAUGCCAAGGACCUGACGAACGCGCUUAGAAUCCUGUCCGAGGAGCUCUAUAGCAAGCCCACGCACUUUAUCCUGGAACUUAUACAGAACGCUGAUGAUAACAAUUACCCGGAAGAUGUCCGCCCAAAACUGACGUUGCUCUACCGCGAGGAUGGAUACCUAUGGAUCGGCUGCAACGAGAUAGGUUUUACCGCUGCUAACGUCCGUGCCCUCUGCGGCAUAGGCGACAGUACCAAGAAAGUCGAGAACUCCCAGAAGGGCUAUAUCGGCGAGAAGGGCAUUGGCUUCAAAAGUGCUUUCAAGGUAGCCGCAGAGAUCUGGGUGAAGUCCGGCGCGAUUAGCUUCAAAUUUGACAAGCAUAAGCCUCUUGGCAUGAUCGCGCCGAUGUGGACGGAUUUCUUCGAGAACGCGCACAUCAAGGAGCGGACAAUGUUUUGCUUCCACAUCCUUCCGGAGCACCAGGGUACAGUCCAGGAGAACCUGCUUGAGUUGAAGCCCGAGCUUCUGUUGUUCUUGCGGAAGCUCCAUGUGCUUCAGGUUAAGAUCCAGAAGACGUCGGCAGAUGUGAAACACAGCUUUAGCUUGAGCAAGGUCGAGGGCGAGACAGCAGGCAUCAGGUCGAUCACCUUACGCCACCAGAUGUUCCGCCCAAGAAACCAGACAUAUACCGAAGCAUUCCUGGUGUUCGAUCAGAUGAUCGAAAACAUGCCCACCGAGAAGAAACGUCCUAAUGUGAUGAAGUCCCAAAUAGUACUGGCAUUUCCCGUCAAUGACCAGAAUCAGCCUGCUAUGCGGAGCAGAUUGACCUUCAACUUCCUACCCGUGCGAUCGUACGGCCUUCCAUUCGUCCUCCAGGCAGACUUCAUGCUUAGUGCCAGCCGGGAGGAGAUAUUGCUCGGUAAUCGAUGGAACGCUGUCCUGGUUGCCGCGACCAUCGAUGUCUUCGUGGCUUGUGUUGAGAGGUUCAACUCUACAAACACUUUGCGGUACACUUGGCCGCGGUUCACGAAGCCACUGGGCGUCCCAUACGGGAGUAUCUUCAAUUCGUACUUUAAGGAACUGUGGCGACGCCUCAUGCAAGAGCCAGUUCUGGAGGCUCAGGACGGCACAUUCGCGAAGCCAGCGUUGUUACAGUCAGUACCACUGGAGUUUACCGACGGUGGCAAUCCGCCCAGCCCACUUAUCUACCCUGAUCAUGGUCCUGUGGCCUACCUCUCCACAGCAUACGAUGUGUCGGAUCUUACCGAGCUGUCGGUCGUACAGCAGACACCAGAUACAUUCAGCAAAUUGAUCACAGAGUAUGCCUCUACCGAACCCGAACUGUUUCGCGCUCAGCCGACGCCGUGGCAUUCAAGACUUGCAGAUGCUAUCCUGCGCUCGGGAACGCAGCGUUUUCGCAGCGUCGCCAUCAUUCCAAUGCGAGACGGUGAGUGGCUCUCCAGCAAAGACGAGCCCUUCUACUUCGCGGACUUUGGCCGAAGUGUUGCCGUACCAAAAGGCAUCAACGUGCCGUUAAUCGAUGAAGCUGCGGCCGAGGACGAGGUUCGUAGACAGUUGUUCUCGUCUUUUGGUGCUCGGAUGAUUGGCGUUGCUCAAAUAUAUGAGCUCAUCCUUCGACACCAUAGCGAUUGCAACGGGUACUCGACUCGCUGGACUGCGGAAGAGGCUGUUACCCACGCAAAAUUCCUCUACUCUGCGCCGAGUAAGCCACGCCACAGCGACCUAACUAUGCUGAGACUGGCUGCUCAAGGCACGAAGCAGCUUCGGUUGGCCUCAGAACUGUACAUGGACAUACCUGGAAGCGCUUUCCGGAUCGGCGAGCUGUUUGGCGUUCGCCGCAACGACGUACAGCUUCUCCAUCCUGCUUACUUCCCCGAGAAAGCACCCCAAGGCUGGCUUCGGUGGCUUGAGCACGACCUUGGAGUCAGAACACUGCCUAGAGCCACGUCGUCAAAUACCAUCACAACCGAAUUUCGCUGGCUUGUGGAGAACAAAGCUUCGGCGACCUGGCUUACAUUGCUUAGGGAUUAUUGGGAUCACUACACCCAUCAGCUGGCUUUCUCGGCUAGCAGAACGUUCUUCGCUAAUACCUCUGUCGAAUGCAAAGACGGGAAGCGGAGACCACUUAAAGAGGUGUAUCUCGCAACGACUCACGUCAAGUCCGAACCCUUCGCCGCUGACGUUGUGCCGUUCCUGGCUGUUAAGGAUUCUGACGACCCAAGGUGGACGAAGCUCAGUGUGCUGCAAUUGAGUACGCAGCCGGAUCUUCGAUUGUAUUUGUCAACUCUCGUCACGCUGCCGAAGCGUAAGCCCGACAGCUUCAAGGUUGUGGAUGUGAAGAGACUGUACACAGGGAUCCAGCGGCUGCUUCACCAUGACAGGAUUUCGGUUGUUGAGGCCUUCGCGAAGAACGAGCUCGUCUACGUUGAAACCCACCCAAAGAAAUGGCUGGGCCUAAAGCAAUGCAGGGGUAGAUCGCUUCUAGGCCUGCCACGGCUUGUCGCACUUGCAGACCAUUAUCGCAACCUCACUGGACUGUUCGUGGAAACUCUCGGCGUCAAGGAUGCUGACGCUUCCGAUGUCGUCGACGAACUGUGCUCCCUAAGCGGUGACAUCAAGCAAGCCGGCGCAGUCAAGGAUCUGCUCAGACUUCUCAGCAGCAACUUCGUCAGGCAUGACUCCUUCAAAGCCGACGUCUUGGAUCGUCUGAAAUAUUCCACGGUGAAGGUCAUGCCCGUAGUUAGCGCUCAGCAGUGUGUCGAGAUGCGGUCUGUCAACGACACCACAUGGUUCAUCGCAGAUCGAUCGCAGCUCCGUAAGGUCUUCAGCGGCAGUAUUGCGUUGUUGGAUCUGGACAUGUCCGCCGUGCAUACACAGGAGGUGCUGCUAAAGCAUCUUGGGGUCUCUAAUCGCUACCUUGGUCGACUGGUGACGGAGAAGACUGAGGUCUGCGGCGAGGCAUCGUACCAUCCCGGGCUCACACAACUGUUAAGGGCGAAAGCUUGCUAUAUUGCACCCUUAGCCCAUCAACUCAGGCGCGACGGCGCCUUCAGGAGCUUAUCUACCGCUGAGAUGAGGUGCGCUGAGAGCCUAGUAUUGAGAAGAUCUAUCAAUAUCAACGGCAAGGCCACUUACGCCCGGGACGAUGAGGGCCACACAGUCUUCCGUUACGAGCAAGACCACCUAAUCAUCUACAUCUCCGAGAGGCUUGCUGCAAGCGGCGUCUUCACAUUAUGCGACAAGCUUGUGGAAGAGUUUGAGAUCCCGCACAAGUACACUGUCCUCCUAUCGACGAUACUCGCCAUGCCCAAUGAUGCUUACCUCCGAGAUGAGCUUGAGAAGGAGAAGCUUGCGGUCUAUGAAGUUGCCGUCUCAGGAGCAGACCAAGCUGUUGGACCAGAUAUGACGGACUAUACUGAAGGCUUCCUGCCUUCGCAGCUCACCGGGUUCAGCGAAGUAGUCAAGCGGCAGGCAGUAGAGGACGGUGUCGAGAUCACGGACACCGCCCUGGAUGGCGAGUCAGACCUGCCUCCCGUGCUCACUGAGCAACUAGGCCACUCUAUGCUGCCGGAAUCGUUGAACACGUUGAAGACGGCAAAGAAGACGGCAAAGAAGACGGCUCCAACACCACCGAUUAUGCCGCUUAAAGCGCGCAGCAACGGGACCUCUGCGGACAGGGUCGCAUUGAAAAUAGACAGCCUUGUGGAUGUGAAGAAGCUCAAGCGCGCCGCCAACACGCUCAACAUGCACGACGUUUCCGUAAUCGGGCGUUUGGCGAAAGCUUCUAACGGCAUGGCAGCUGCGCCGCACAAGCCCUUCGACAUAGGGUCUUUGCGUACAACUCUCGACGACGAUUUCGGUCCCACGAAGCACGCCGCAACAGCAGGGAUAGUGAAGAAGGGCGCUCGUGUCCUGCCCAUUGUCAGUAACGCAGCUGCCACCACAGAAGCUGAUGAAUACCAGUUAGCCAUCGGGUCGGCGGGCGAGCUCUUCGUCUUCAACCUGCUGGCCGAACAUUUCGAGGUAAAGAUCGACAGCUGGACAAGUGAUGUACGCAUGCAGCACGGACACCCCGACUUUGAGGACUUCGAAGGCUUCUACUCCGAUUUCACCAUCACCAACGGUACCACCUGCGACCGCAUAGCGUACUGGCUCGGCGAGACAGGGUGCGAAGCUGCGAGUCAGUGGAUGGGCAAGGAUGUCACGUUUCACAUCGAAGUCAAGGCGACCAGUGGCCGGCGCGAAGAGCCGUUUCUGAUCAGCCCAAACCAGUUCAACCAGGCGCGUCAAUGGCACGAAAGCAAUGCUGACGUUUACAUCAUUUUGCGCGUCUACGAUCUCCAGAGUUCGCCACAGGUCUGCGCCUACGUGGAUCCAUAUGCGAUGUGGCAGGCUAAGGAACUCCUGUUCACCGCUCAAGGAGGCUACUAUGUUCGGCCAGCAUGA